AUGUACUUCAGAGUAAAAGGUGAAGGAGUCAACAUGGCAAAGUUGGCCGGAGGGGUAUUUCUGCGAACAGAGCGAAGGCAGGACACUUUUCUGGAAGGCAUGGGCCCAAAGAGCAUCGACAAUUGUCUGAAGGCUGUGGUGCUCGUGAACAAAUUCGCGCAAGAGAGGCGGAAAGAAGAGAGCACCGGUGAGGUGCCAUGGUUCCAUCGAGUCGGUUUUGUGCCCCAAUUGCGCAAGACGGGUGACUCCUACUGGCUUAGCAUGAAGGUCGUUGGUAUAAAGGGGCCGUACACUCCUUACGACGCUCCGGAGCAGGAGCGAUUAAGAGUCGGACAAGAGACGAAAAUCGACCAGCUUACUGGCGCAGUUAGGACCUGUUGGACACGCAGGUGCGCUGGAGAGAGGUCGGAGCCGUUGGUGUGCGCCAUGGGCCCACGAAGUGUGAGCCUGGCAGUCAAGAGCAUGGCCCGAUGCCUCAAGGAAAUGAACGAGCGCAAAGGUGUCCUCCGGCUCUUCUUGUGUUAUCCUGACAUGAUAGAGGAAGUGCUUCCUGAAAACGGAAACACUGUGGUAAUGACCCAUAUGAGGCUGGAGCCUCGUCCGCGUGAGACUGAGUAA